AUGAAAGGCCUCAAUCUCGGCGGCGUCGUGGAGUUCUGCCGCGUGCUGACGCGCCAGCCGCAGCUCCUGCUGCCCCAACUGUCCGUGAAAGAUGUGACGGAGGUGCCGUUCCAGACGCUACGGGACCGCGGAUUCCGCGGCGUUAUCUUCGAUAAGGACAACACAUUGACGGUGCCGCAUAAAUUGGAGAUUGCGCCGCAUCUCGAGUCUUCGCUGGCCGAAUGCCGCCGAGUUUUUGGCGACUCAGGCGUCGUGAUCUUUUCCAACUCGGCGGGCUCCACGGACGAUAAGGAUGGCGUUGAAGCCAAGAAAAUCGAGGAACGCCUCCAAGUAGCUGUGCUACGUCACAACCAGAAGAAACCUGGAGGCAUUGCAUUUGUCAAGAAACAUUUUGGAGAAGUAGACCCUGAGACGCUUGUCGUUAUUGGAGACCGAUACUCGACGGACGUGCUCUUUGGCAACCUGAACGGACUUCUUACGAUUCGUACCGAGCAGUUCACUCCCGAGAGCGAAAGUGUCGUAAAUCGGCAGCUGCAACGCAUCGAGAAGGCAGCUGUGCGAAUGCUGGUACGCGCUGGAGUUAAGCCGCCAACACAUCCACUUUGGGGUAGUAUCGAUGGCAAGCAGUGAAGCCACGGCCACUAUGGGUCGACGGCGAUCGGCACGUAUUGCCUCCUAGCACACGUAGACUCACGUUGCUAGUAGCAGCUUGUUACUGGCAACCACUGAUUUUGUGCCGUCGUUUUGGGGUAGGAUGAGAUGACUUCAACAUCAAUGUAAAUGAUCCGAGUUCU